UCUCUUAAUAUAAUGUUAAACAUUCAGGGAAGGCUUUAAGAGAAGAGACAGAUGGAGGGGAGGGACGGUGAGAAAGAACAAGUCAAAUCAAACGAAAGAUGGAACGCAGCGAUGGCGAAUAUAAAUGGCAUGUCUAACAAUCUUCAAUCCCUUCAAAACUUGCUUCUUCACAAAGCUGUUUAUGUUGAUGAUGAUUCUUUCUUCAAGGCCUCUCUCACUUCUGAACAAGCUAGAACGAUCAAGAUUCUUGAGCAGCGUGUUGAAAAUUUAGAAAGAGAACUGGACGCUGCCAUUUCAGCAUCUGCCAGAGCGCGUACAGAAAAGAGACAGGCCGAGGCAGGACAGAAGGCUGCUGAAUUACGUGCACAAGAAAUCACAAGAGAACUUGAGAACACCACCAAAGUAUUUGAGCUGCAUAUGGAAGAGUUGCGAGCAAAGCAAGAAGAAAUUUCCAAGCGAGAUAAAGAAAUUAAACUGCUAGAGGCCAUAAUUCAGACACUGGGAGGCAAAAGUCCAAGUUCAACGAGUGGAUAGAGCUCUUAGUUAUAAAGACUCUUUUUCUUCUCACAAGGAUGUAUAACGAAAAGAGAACUCUUACAUACAAUUUUCAAUUAGUGGAAUUGAUUACUUGAUCAGCUA